AUGGACACCCUGGACAAAUGGGUCUCAGAGAAACUCUCCGAACGCCUCGGCAUGAACAAAGCCGAGCUUGAGCAGGUCACGUCGUACCUCAUGUCUAUGCAAUCACCUGAUGAAUGUGUAGGGUUCCUCAUGGGCAUGGUGGGCGACGACGCGACGGCGCUAGCGUUUAUCGAGGAGUUCAAUGAGCGGAGGUUUCCGAAGUUUGCGGCGAAGGGGGUGUGGAAUGCGCCGUUGAAGGCGGAGGUUCGGAAGGGGGUUCAUGGGCCGGAUCAGGCGGCGAAGAAUGCAUUGGGCGGGUACAGGAAGGCGAAGGAGGAGGAGGAUUACAUCGUCGGCAAAGCGAGCACUCGAAACGACAUCUCGCAUGCACCACCGCCGAAUGCUGCAAGCGAAGGCACGCUAUUAAGCGACAAGAUCGGCGGCGCAGGGCCUAGACCUGCCGAUGCAUCGCGAAGUCCGCGUGCUGCUACUGGGAAGGCAAAGCAGAAGAAAGGGAAGGAUGUCUCUGCUGCUUUGGAUGAACUGGAUCGGAUGGUCAAGGUUGGGAAGGCGCCGCCGGGGUAUGCUGGGAGGGUCGUCUGUGAAUGUUUGGCGGCAGUCCACGGUCUAGUCACCAACUGCAUCACAUGCGGCAAGAUCGUCUGCCGUCUCGAAGGCGAAGGCCCCUGCCCCUGCUGUGGCAGCGACGUCCAAUCCAAACAACAGCAAUUCGAGCUCCUCCAAGAACGCGCCUCCUCAGCUCCCUCCAAAGCCGGCCAAAAAACCAAAGCCCGCGCCGGCAAAGACGCUUACACCAACGCCCGCUACGGCCGCGCCGCAGGCGCCCAGAUCCCGUCCGUCGCAGCGUCCAAGAUCGCAGCGAUGCCUACCCCCGACAACGCUGCGCAGUUCCCGACCCUCAUGUCCGACGAAGCCCGCGACUCGCUCCGCCGCGCCGAGCAGCAGACCGAACGUUUACUCGACUAUCAGCGCAACAGCGUCGCGCGAACUAAAGUGUUUGACCAGGCGAGCGAUUUCAGCUACGAGGACGCGGCGGCGAACAAGUGGCUGAGUUUGGAGGAACGCGCGUUGGCGACGAAGCGGUUGCAGGAGCAGCGGAGGGUGGAGGAGGAGCAGAAGCGGAGGAGGGUUAUUACGAUCGAUUUGAAGGGGAGGAGGGUGGUGGCGGAGAAGGCGCCGGUGCAUGUGCCGGAUAUGGAUUUCUCGUCUGCUGCUUCUUCUGCGAGGAAAGCUGCUGCUGAAACCGAAGAAGAGAUUACGGAUUUCACAGGCCUAGGCAAUUUCUACAACCCCUCCCUUGGGGCCGAUGCGCCGCGUUUUAUCCCUACUUCCUCCCACCAAUCCUCCGCAAAGUCUUCCAAAGCAAGCAAAAGCGGCGAGGCAAAGGGGAAAGUACCAAUCCAGCGGCGAAAGCGGACAGACUCGGAGCAGACGCCCGUCGAAAGCGGACGAGGGAGCGAUGACAGGAGACCGAUAACGGCUUCGGCAAAUUCGGCUGAAAAAGAUGAUGAUGCCGCUGAGAAACCUGCGCUGUCUUCAAAUGCGAUACCGGAGAAGCACACCGACAAAAAGACCCGCCCUUCCCGCCGCACCGCGAACGCCGCCUCUCGUAAACCGCAGCUGAAGCGGUUGCAACACGAUCUGGAAGGUUUCGGCGACUGGGGUCAUACUGGCGCCGGCGAAGAGGACAGUGUCGGCUUUGAAGAUCGGGCGAUCCCGAACACAAGGGCAGAAGACCAUGGUGAUGAACCCUCAUGUGUUGCUCCCAAUGGCCGUGGAUCCAGUGGAGCAAAGAAGUCCAGCAAGCCUUCCCAAAGUGGAACCGUCACCCUACCAGACUUCCUAGCGUUUACAAAGGCAUUCCUGGCCAAGGCCGGGAAGUCCAAGACCAGACAGCACAUCACCAUCAUAAUCGGCAACGAAGCCGCCGACCUCGACUCGGUCGUCUGCGCAAUCUCGCUCGCCUACCUCCGCGCCCAACAAAAAGGAAAACAAAACACAGUCUACGUCCCCCUAAUAUCCAUUCUCCGAGCCGACUUCCCGCUCCGCACCGAAUGCCCCUUCGCCCUGCACGCCGCCUCGCCCUCCACGGACCUCGUGCCACACCUCACAUUCCUCGACGAGAUCGAUCUGGACUACCUCGACAAAGCCCAUGAUGUGCAUUUCGUGCUGGUGGAUCAUAACGCACUGGCACCGACGUUGGAGCGGUUUGCGGGGAGGGUUGUAGGGGUGGUUGAUCAUCAUGUUGAUGAGGGUUUGUAUACGGACCAGAAGGGGGAUGUGAGGAUGGUUAAGGCCGUGGGGAGUGCGACGACGUUGGUUGCCGGUGAAUGGCGGCGGGCACUUUCUGAGAACGGGAACAGCACCGUCAAACCCACCCUGCUGACCGGACUGGCCAUGCUGAUGCUCCAAGCGAUCCUGAUCGAUACAGUCAAUCUGGUUGAAGCAUACGGCCGCGCGACACCCGAAGAUCGGGAGGCUGUGCGGUUCCUUACGCCUUACGCUCGCGGGGAUAUCACCACCACCAUAACACAGCAGAACGAGCGCGACGAGACGUGGCUUCAACACCUAUUCUCAGCCGUACACGCCGCCAAAACGAAUAUCACGCACCUCUCUACGCCUGAUCUGAUACGGAAGGAUUACAAGGGAUGGGUUGUUCAUCCCACCCCCGGCACCAACAAGACGGCAAAAUUGGGGAUAUCGAGCGUCGGAUACCGCAUUCAGGGAUCGGGUGGGUGGGCUGCCCGUGAGGGAGGGAAAGGGGAAGAUGGCAUGAGGAGAUUGGUGACGCAGUGUCGCGAGUUUGCGGGGAAGGUGGGGGUUGAUGUUUAUGUGCUUAUGACGGCUACCGAAGUCGCCUCAUCCUCGGACUCCUCCUCCGCGACGGUGUUCAAACGCGAACUUCUGCUCCUCUUCCCCACGUCUACGGUCUCGGAACAGCAGCAAACGGAGCUUGUGACGAAGAUUGAGGCGUCAACACUUGACCUCGCAUUCAUCACACAGAUCGACGCCGGGGCGAGGUUGUAUGAGCAGCGGAAUGUGCGCUCGUCGCGGAAACAGGUCCAGCCGGUUUUUGAGGAGGUUAUUAAGGCUGUGUAUGCGUAG